AUGGAUUCAAACCAAACAGGUGGCCCAGGGAUAAAUAAACUCAGAGACCCUUCCACGCUGUCAAAGGAAACACAUCACCAAAAUAACCAGAAUUCUCACUGUGGAACCGAUGUGGCCCGUGCGCGUUGGAAACUCCUGCGACAGAUUUUGAAACAGAGACAGCUAGACAGUACUGAAGUACAGCAAGUCUCUGUGCGUAGAUUCUCCUCCUUCAACCUGUUCUCCAGGACCAGGGUCAAACUCUCAGAUAGUGACGACCCUACUGAUGGACAGUGGGUUGAAUACAGAAGUGCCUCUUUUCCUCAGUACAGUGCCUUACUUAGAGAUAAUCUUGGGCCUAUCCGAGUGGAUGAGGUACUCAGCAGUUUCGAUAACACUGGAAAUGUUUGUGUCUGGCCCUCCGAAGAGGUGAUGGCCUACUAUUGCCUGAAGAAAUGUCACAUGUUCAAAGGUUCCUCAGUGUGUGAGCUGGGAGGAGGAAUGACCUGUCUUGCUGGGCUUAUGGUUGCCGUUUCUGCCAAUGCGAAAGAAGUGCUCCUAUCUGAUGGGAAUGAGAAAGCCAUCCACAAUGUUCGCGGCGUCAUCGAGCGAAACAGACAGCAUGGAAUCUUUGCCUCCACCAGUGUUACCAGCAGGGUUGUGAGAUGGGACAACGAGGCAGAUGUCUCAUCACUGGAGGGCCAUUUUGACGUCGUAGUGUGCGCUGACUGUCUGUUCCUUGACCAGUACAGAGCCAGCCUUGCUGAUGCAAUAAGAAGAUUACUGCGGCCCAGUGGCACGGCGUUGGUGUUCGCUCCCACAAGAGGAAACACAUUAGCGGAGUUCUGUGAAAUGGCGGAGGGAGCAGGAUUGUGUGUGUGUCGUUAUGAGAACUACGACCAGCAUGUGUGGGACCUCCACCUGAAGAUGAAGAGAGAGGGCAAGGAGGUGUACGAUGAAAACAUCCAUUACCCCCUCCUCCUCACUCUCUCCCACAGGCCCAGUCAGGCCCGCUGA